AUGAAGGUUCUUAAUGUUGCCGAGAAAAAUGAUGCUGCAAAAUCAUUGGCAAGAGUACUUUCCAAAAGCAAUGCAUCUGUGCGAGAUGGAUUUUCAAAAUAUAACAAACUAUACGAGUUUAAAUAUAGAUUAUUUGAUCAAGAGUGUCACAUGGUUUUCACAUCGGUUGCUGGACACAUUAUGAAUUAUGAUUUUACAGAUCAACAUCGUCAAUGGUAUACAUGUGAUCCGGUCGAUUUAUUUCGUGCACCUAUUCAAAAAACUUGUAAAAAUCCAGAUAUUGAGGUAAAUAUCAAUAUGAUUACAAAGAAAUACAUCUGUUUUGUAAAUUAGUGUUUUAUAUUUACGAUCAUAAUUCUUUGUUGAAACCUAGAAUAGGACUGUAAAAGUUGCCGUUGCGUUGAUUUAACGCUAACUGUCUUUUCAGUUACGUUGAAAUAACGGUAACUAUCAGUUAGUUAACUUUGUGGUAACUAUUUCUUAAUUAUGGCAGAAAUAUCCAGGCAGCGGCUUAAAAUGGCUUCCAGAAUCGUUAGUUUUCCACUAAAACUGUUGAAACUUUCAUAAAUGACAUGAUUUUGAUUGGCACACACGUGCCAGUCGACCAAACUAAUCGAAAUUAUAU